CUUUUCUCUCUUCCUGGUCGAGUAGCCGUUACGAGCUCGCGGCCGCCGUCCCGUCCCCGUCGACGCCUACAAAUACAUCCCACAGUCAAAUCCCUAGAGCUCACGAGUCACCGAGCAAUCCGUGCCUCUCUCUCUUCCCUGCCCCCUUCGUGCUCGCCGCCUCCCUUGCCGAUCCCCGGGGAGACGACGCUCGCUCGACUUCUUCUUGCUCUCGAAAGAUCCCUGCUUUCUGCUCGCUAAUCCCGCUCGUUUAAUCCGUCUUAAUUUUUGUUGCUAUUACUGUUAUUUGUUUGCUUGCUCUGUUUCUUCUAUAACCAUGGAUGCAGGCUCCCACUCGAUCUCUUCCGAGAAGAACAGCGCCGCCGUGCACCGCCCGCCGCUCCAGGAGGCCGGAUCCCGCCCCUACAUGCCGUCGCUGAGCACCACCUCGCGCAACCCGUCGGCCAAGUGCUACGGAGACAGGUUCAUCCCGGACCGGUCAGCGAUGGACAUGGACCUGGCGCACUACCUGCUCACGGAGACCAAGAAGGACAAGGAGAACGCGGCGGCCCUGGCGGCUUCCCCGUCCAAGGAGGCCUACCGGAGGCUCCUCGCGGAGAAGCUGCUCAACAACCGCACGCGGAUCCUCGCCUUCAGGAACAAGCCGCCGGAGGCCGAGAACGUCUUUGCUGCCGACGCGGUUUCUUCUCACCAGCCCAAGCCGGCCAAGCAGAGGCGCUAUAUUCCCCAGUCUGCCGAGAGGACUCUGGAUGCGCCGGACCUCGUCGACGACUACUACCUCAACCUCAUGGACUGGGGGAGCAGCAACGUGCUGUCCAUUGCGCUGGGCGACACCAUGUACCUGUGGGAUGCCUCCAGUGGAUCCACAUCUGAGCUUGUGACAGUCGAGGAGGACAACGGUCCCAUCACCAGCGUCAGCUGGGCUCCCGAUGGCCGCCAUCUUGCUAUUGGGCUCAACUCGUCUGACAUCCAGCUCUGGGACACCAGCUCCAACCGCCUGCUGAGAACACUGAAAGGUGUGCAUGAGUCAAGGGUCGGUUCGCUGGCAUGGAACAACAACAUCCUGACGACUGGCGGCAUGGAUGGUAGGAUCGUGAACAACGACGUGAGGAUCAGGGACCAUGCCGUGCAGACGUACCAGGGGCACAGCCAGGAGGUGUGCGGGCUCAAGUGGUCUGGGUCUGGGCAGCAGCUGGCGAGCGGAGGCAACGACAACCUUCUGCACAUCUGGGAUGUGUCCAUGGCGUCCUCCAUGCCAUCUGCGGGCCGCAACCAGUGGCUGCACAGGCUCGAGGACCACACGGCCGCCGUGAAGGCGCUCGCAUGGUGCCCAUUCCAGAGCAACCUGCUGGCAACCGGCGGUGGCGGUAGCGAUCGCUGCAUCAAGUUCUGGAAUACGCACACCGGUGCAUGCCUCAACUCUGUUGAUACCGGGUCACAGGUGUGCUCUCUUCUGUGGAACAAGAAUGAGCGGGAGCUGCUGAGUUCGCACGGAUUCACGCAGAACCAGCUGACAUUGUGGAAGUACCCUUCCAUGGUCAAGAUGGCUGAACUCACUGGCCACACCUCCCGUGUCCUUUUCAUGGCACAGAGCCCUGAUGGUUGCACCGUGGCAUCAGCUGCUGCGGACGAGACUCUCCGCUUCUGGAACGUCUUCGGCGCUCCUGAAGCAGCGAAGCCUGCACCCAAGGCUUCCCACACUGGGAUGUUCAACAGCUUCAACCAUAUCCGAUAAGCUGAACAACGAGAACAACCUCUUGAACUGGAUAUGGUCCAAUGGGAAGCUCUGCUGUGUACAUAAGAUAGGCUAAAUACCUGGAUGGAUAUACUGCUGAUGUACUACUGCCUAACUGUGGAUAAGAAAAUAUACGGAUGGAGCCGCCGACAAUUCGGCUCCCGGGGACGUAGGCACAUUGCUGAACCUCGUUACCAAAUGCCCUGUGUCUUUGUUGUCUGUGAUUGCUUUUACUUUGUUCGCAUUUAUUUUCUUCUUGGUAGUAUACUUGAUUUUGUACUUGUGACUUGCUAGUUUAAUUCUGUAGUUGACCCAGAAGAGCUGAGCCGACGACGGCCUGAAUGAGCUCCACUGGUCGGUAGAUGUGUAUAAUAUUGGUGUGGAAAGCAUCUGAUCAUAUUGAGCUUAUA